AUGGCUCCUUCUUCUGGAGGCCUUGAUUGUGGGUUCUACCUACACCUAUGGCGAUCUUUGAAGCGAAUGAAUUGUGCUUUGAGUGAUGGUGCUUCUUUGUCGGGAAAAGAAGUGAUUGGGAAAGAAAAGAGCUGUUUCGGCAGCUGGGGCAAAGCGUCUGGCAAUGACCGAGAUGCGCAACCGAGGGUGGCUCAGCGCCUGCAGAUGCUGAGCGCUUUCAUUGUUCGAGCACGUGAUUUUCAGCUUCAGCUGUUCCAGAAGGAUUUUGAUUUCUUGGCUCAACGUGGUGUGCCGAGAACCAUGGUGUGGAGUGCAGUUGGGCCUUGGGGGCUCCGACUAGGGGCUUCGGAGAUGGAGUGCUCUGAUGGCACGUGUGUGCGCGGCAACCCGCUUGCUGCUGCAACCUCUUGGUCCUCGGGGAUGGAUCACGGGAUUGCUGGGGAUGAAUGCCCUGCUCAGGGGCUACCUUUGGCGAGUGAGCCUUGUGCGCAUGCUUCCGACACGCAGGCAAGUGCAACUUUUGGGCUUCACAUGAUUGAGGACACUUUCUCUGAGGAGUUUCUUUACUACGUGCCGCAGGCAAGUGCAGCAUUUGGGCUUCACUUGAUUGAGGACACUUUCUCCGAGGAAUUUCUUUACUACGCGCCGCAGCAGCAGCUUCUUCCCUCAGCGGCUGGUCUGGACCUUGGUGCUGGGCUGUGUGGGACGUCGUCUUGCGCUGCUGAGAGCCCUGUGUGUGACUUUCAAGAAAUCAACAAGACCCGUGAAAGGGCAAAGAGCCUUAGAGGCCUAGCUAGUGAUGAUUGUGUGUGUCAAGAAAUCAGCAAGACCCGCGAAAGGGCAAAGAGCCUGAGAGGCCUAACUAGUGCCGAUUGUGAUGGUGAGUGCGAGCCUGACCGUAGGACGAAGAGCCUUUAUGGCCGUGUUCUUAGUGUUCUGUGGGAGCUCAGCACUAUCAAGACCCGCGAAAGGGCAAAGAGUGAGACUGAUAUCGGGCCUCUGGCGCCUGCUACUAGUUCUAGUGGUAGACAUGGCUCCCCGGAGCCCCCCUGUUCUCCCUCCUCGCAGUGCUGCUGCCAUGGCCUGGGCUCGCUGGCGGCUGGCAACGGUGGCGGCCAGUUCUUCAUCGCGCAGGGCAAGGACACUGGUGUGGUUGCGGAUGACGUGCCUGCGACGCGCCUGGCGGGACUGCUGCAAACUCAGAGUGAUCUUGACGGUGCGCAACUGCAGGGGCAGGGUGGUGACGGGCAAGUGCAAGGGAUCUCGGGUCAGGACCUGGACUCUGCUGCUAUCUUGCGCUCCUGCUUGUCUGAGGGCUGCUCGGGCGGUAACCCGUUUGAGGGCAUGAUGGCCAGUAUCACGGAACAGCUUAUGCCCAUGAUCACUGCGCUCAUUCAGAAAGCUGUGCAGGAAGCCAUUGCAAAUGCAAUGGGAGGUGGUCAGCCUGCUGCUGCAAAGGGCUCGGCCAAGAGUGCUGCUAAAGGUAGUGCAGAGGCGUCCCCACCCAAGUCUGGACCUAAAGGCAAAGGGCAGGGCGAUCGACCUCCUCGCGAUGCUGAGGGCUGGACCAAGGUUCAGCGUGCUCCCCCGCAGGGCCCCUUCCAGCUCCGAAGGCAGGAUUGGAGCGCGCAGUUGUUGUCGCAGGAUGGCAUUGCCAAAGCAUUGGACGAUCUUAAACCGGGUUCUACACUUGAAGCUGUCAUUCUUGUCGAGCCCUCGGCGCUGCCGAGAAUUCGCACCAUGCUUGCUGGCACCAGCAAAUCCCAUAAAAUCACCCUUGUAACCUUGGACGCGAAUGGUCCUCACAAGGUUCCGGGAUGUGUGGGCGAUCUCCUGCGUUUUCGGCGAGCCUCGAUUGUGCAUUGCAAAUCCGACCCUGCUGAUGGUGGUGUCCCUUGCUUUGCGGGACACAAGGCCAAGGCCAUUAAAGUUGUUCCGGCGUCCACUUCGGUCGUCUACUUUAAGGUGCCCGAGAUGUACAUGACGCCUGAUAAAUUCAAGCAUUGGAAGAACAACCCGAGUCGUGCUGCUUCUUCUUGGGCCAGUUCUCACCAAAUCACUUUGAGUGACACGUGGGGUUGGGUCGAGGAGCAGCAGGCUGGCAAGCAAGGUUUGCAGCUGUUUGGCAUUGCUCGCCUCCUGGAUGCCGAGCUGUCUUCUCUCGUCGCUGUCAGUGGCCGGGAUGGAGUUUUUGUUGAUGUACCGCGCGGCAAGCUUGUCUCCACUGUGCAGUGGCUCGCUGUUACCAAGGGGGAAGCUCCGGCUGCGUAUCUUGAACGCGGCCUCCGCAUGAGUGCUCCUUAUGGUCUUGCCACCCAGGGCGGACGCCUUGGCGCCAGAUCGCCUAGGGAUCCCUCACAGGCUGUCCCGCGUGUUUGGAAUUUCCCUCAUGUGCCGGCUACCUGGGGACAGAAGGAAGUGCUGCAGGUGCUGGACCAAUCCUUCAAGGAUGUGGCUCUGAUUCAGCAUAAGCGCACUGGCGCCGAGUACUUGUAUCGCUUCAGAGCUACGCUCAAACACGGUGAUCUUGAUCUGGUUCCUUUGAGUGCUAUCGUCGAGAGCGAGCCGGGGAAGGACAAUGAAAUCACGCUGUGGGCUACGGUUGCACCCUAUAAGCCUAAGCAAGCUAAGCAGCGACCUCUGCGAUGUGCGCCGACUCCCUGCCUUGCCAAGGAGAAGCCUGCACUGGAGCCCAAACCUGUUAAACUUGAGGUCCCUGCUGAGCUGGACGAUGAAGGUAAGGAGGUGUCCCCUGCCAAACAUGUUGCGGCUUCGCAUCGGCAAAUCCCCUCGGGGUGUGAUCUCAUUGAGACUCCGAAAGACGGAGCCUGUCUGUUUCACGCCAUAGCGCGUGGCCUCCACUGGCUUUCGGGCCCUAAGAAGACUGAGCACUCCCACAGGGACUUGAGGGCGCGCUGUGUAGAGCACUUACGAAAAUAUGCUUCGCAAUAUAUAGGGGAAUGGGACGGCCACGGGCCGGCUCUACAAAAAUUGCGCGAAAAUGCCGCAUCUCCGGAGGACGCCUUUGAGGAAUACCUCAAGUUAAUUGCUUCGGAAUCUGCAUACGCCUCUACCAUCGAGCUGAAGGCUCUCGGACGUUUAUUUGAUUGCCACAUCCUUGUGAUCCCACGCGAUGGGAAUUUUAGUGCGAUGUCGUUUCAUGCGCAGCAGCGCAAAAGGAGGCUGGUGUUAUGGUACACGCCUCGGCACAUCGAGCUUCUUUUGCCAGCUAAGGAUGCUAAAGACUACCCAGAGGAGGUUUUCUCCGUUACGAGUGGUGCUGUCGUUGACCUGAGGGCUGGAGGGGAUGACGCUUCCCAGUGCUCUGGUACUGUUUGGACUGCUUGCGCCCGAUCAAACCGAUCCAAGGCCAGCCGAUCAUCCUCUGUGAAGGCGGGCACUGUGUGGACUGUCACCAACGCGUCGAGCAGAAAGGCCGCUUCUUCUCUUAAGCGCGCUCGCGGUGCUGCUGCGACGGUCUGGUCCCGAGCCGUCUCCUCUGGUGCUUCCGUGCAUUCUCAAAUGCCUGCCUUGCCGGAGUGCGACGAUGAUGAUGCCCCGCAACCUGAGCGGUUGCAUCAUGCCAGCCGGGCCCUGCCUCAGUCUGCCCUUGUGAUGGCCCGUCGUAAUCGCGGCCGAGCCUUCCCUGAUGGAGUUGCUAAAUGCAGGCUUUGUCCCUUUCGCCGCAAGUGUGCUGAUCCUGUGAAGGCCUAUGCGGCCUAUCAGCGGCACUUCUUGGAUUCGCAUCCGGGGGAGAAGCUUGGGCUUGCUCCUGCCCGCAAGGCUUCCUGUGUUCGUGACCUCGCUGAUGGCGAGGAGGCGUACUGGAGAUGCAAACGGUGUCAGGCAGGCAUCUCGACUGCUGAUGCGGCCCGCUUUGGCAAGGACUCUCUGUGUCGCUUUCGCAGGGAGCAUAAAACACAGGCCCACCCGCGCGUCUCUUGGGCUGUGUGGAACAAGGAAGCGAAAUCGCACUCGGCUACCAAAUGGGCCUCAAAGAUCAGUGCCACUCGCAAUAAUGCCCAGAAAGCUAAGCUCCUGCCGGUGCUGCGCGAGCUUGAGGCUCAGGACUUUGAUGCCUUCGGAUGGCCGCGCCAGGCCGGAAAGGACACCAAUACUGUUGAUAAGUAUCCCUUGCGCAUAUGCCCGGCUUGGGUGUGUCGCAAAUGCCGAGCGCCGUGCCCCUCUGCAGAGAUUGCUAGGAAGCAUCGCUCGGUAAAGGGACAGUGCCCUUCUCGCACUGCUAAGGCGAGGGCGUGGAUUCGGUUGCGCUCCCUUGCUGCCAAUAAGAAGCUUCAUGAUGCUGCACCUGCCUCGGUUCGCAAAGAGCAGGGCGAGCUUGCCUUUGCUGCUGCUGAAAAGGCCUUGCGAGCCCCCAUGUUGUCGGUGUGA